GACCCACCGUAAGUUCCUCGAGGUCCAGCCUGCCCUGGCUGACCUGGGUCAGUCUCCGGAGUAUGGUCCGGCGGGGGCCACCUCUGCUGUUCCCCAUCUUCUUCCUGGCUUCGCAUGUCGGUGCGGCGGUGGACCUAACGCUGCUGGUUGACCUGCGCCUCAAGGACCCCCACCGUUUCUUCCUGACCUGCGUGUCCGGGGAGGCCGGCGCGGGAAGGGGCUCGGACGCCUGGGACCCGCCCCUGCUGCUGGAGAAGGACAACCGCAUCGUGCGGACCCUGCCGCCCCGGAAGCCCCUGCAGGCUGUCCGCAAUGGCUCGCACCAGGUUACCCUGCGGGGCUUCCCGCAGCCCGCCGACCUCGUGGGGGUCUUCUCCUGUCUGGGGGGCCCCCAGGCACGACGAACGCGGGUGGUCUACGUGUACAACCACCCCGGAGCCCUCCUGCUCCCAGACAAGGUCACGUACACAGUGAACAGAGGGGAGGAGGCCAUGCUAGCUGCACGUAUUCACAAGGAGAAGCAGACCGAUGUGAUCUGGAAGAGCAACGGAUCCUACUUCUAUACUCUGGUCUGGCAUGAGGCCCAGGAUGGGCGGUUCCUGUUGCAGCUCCCAAACGUGCAGCCGUCCUCAAGUGCCAUCUACAGUGCCAGCUACCUGGAAACCAGUCCCCUUGACAGUGCCUUCUUUCGGCUCAUCGUGCGGGGCUGUGGGGCUGGGCGCUGGGGGCCAGGCUGUACCAAGGAAUGCCCAGGAUGCCUGCACGGGGGUGUCUGCCACGACCAGGAUGGUGAGUGUGUGUGUCCUCCUGGAUUCACCGGCACCCGCUGUGAGCAGGCCUGCAGAGAGGGUCGCUUUGGGCAGAGCUGCCAGGAACAGUGCCCUAGCACCUCUGGCUGCCAGGGCCUCGCCUUCUGCCUCCCAGACCCUUACGGAUGUUCCUGUGGAUCCGGCUGGAGAGGAAGCCAGUGCCAGGAGGCCUGUGCCCCUGGUCAUUUUGGGGCUGACUGUCGCCUCCAGUGCCAGUGUCAGAAUGGUGGCACCUGUGACCGGUUCAGUGGCUGUGUCUGCCCCUUGGGGUGGCAUGGAGUGAACUGUGAGAAGUCAGACCGGAUCCCCCAGAUCCUGGAUGUGGCCCCAGAACUGGAGUUCAACUUGGAGGCAAUGCCCCGGAUCAACUGUGCUGCUGCAGGGAACCCUUUCCCCGCGCGGGGCAGCAUGGAGCUGCGCAAGUCCGACGGCACAGUGCUGCUGUCCACCAAGGUCAUCGUGGAGCCAGAUCGGACCACGGCUGAGUUUGAAGUGCCCCGCUUGACUCUUGAGGACAGUGGGCUAUGGGAGUGUAGGGUAUCCACAGCUGGUGGCCAAGACAGCCGACGCUUCAGGGUCAAUGUCAAAGAAAGUCCAUCUGGUAGAGGUGUGGAAGAGGCAGUCUGGAGAUUGGAGAGAAGCCUUCGUCUGGCCAUGUCAGUGAACUGUGAGAAGUCAGUGGAUCCCAGUGAGAAUGUGACCUUAGUGAACCUGAGACCCAAGACAGGAUACAAUGUCCGUGUGCAACUGAGCCGGCCAGGGGAAGGCGGGGAGGGGGCCUGGGGGCCUCCCACCCUCAUGACCACAGACUGUCCUGAGCCCGCGGUACAGCCAUGGCUGGAUGGCUGGCAUGUGGAGGGCCCGGACCGGCUGCGCGUCAGUUGGUCUUUACCCGUGGUGGCCAGGCCGCUGGUGGGCGAUGGUUUCCUGCUGCGCCUGUGGGAUGGGACCCGGGGCCAGGAGCGCCGGGAGAAUGUCUCGUCCCCCCAGGCCCGCACCGCACUCCUGGCCGGACUCACGCCUGGUACCCACUACCAGCUGGAUGUGCGGCUCUACCACUGCACCCUCCUGGGCCCAGCCUCGCCCCCUGCACGUGUGAUUUUGCCCCCCAGUGGUCCUCCUGCCCCCCGACACCUCCGUGCCCAGGCCCUCUCAGACUCUGAGAUCCAGCUGAUGUGGCAGCCCCCAGAGAGCCCAUCUGGACCUAUAUCCAAGUAUAUUGUGGAGGUACAAGUGGCUGGGGGCUCAGGAGACCCACUCUGGAUGGAUGUGGACAGGCCAGAGGAGACAAGCACCAUUGUUCGUGACCUCAAUGCCAGCACAUGCUACCUCUUCCGUGUUCGGGCCAGUGUCCAGGGUCCUGGUGACUGGAGCAAUGUGGUAGAGGAGUCCACACUGGGCAAUGGGCUGCAGAGUGAGGACCCAAUCCAAGAGAGUCGGGCCGCUGAAGAGAGCCUGGAUCGGCAGCUGAUACUGGCCGUGGUGGGUUCCGUGUCUGCCACCUGCCUCACCAUCCUGGCCGCCCUCUUAGCCCUGGUCUGCAUCCGCAGAAGCUGCCUGCAUCGGAGACGGACCUUCACCUACCAGUCAGGAUCGGGUGAGGAGACCAUCCUACAGUUCAGCUCGGGGACCUUGACACUGACCCGGAGGCCAAAACCACAGCCUGAGCCCCUGAGCUACCCCGUGCUGGAGUGGGAAGACAUCACCUUUGAGGACCUCAUUGGGGAAGGGAACUUCGGCCAGGUCAUCCGGGCCAUGAUCAAGAAGGAUGGGCUCAAGAUGAACGCAGCCAUCAAGAUGCUGAAAGAAUAUGCCUCUGAAAAUGACCAUCGUGACUUUGCGGGGGAACUGGAAGUUCUAUGCAAAUUGGGGCAUCACCCCAACAUCAUCAACCUAUUGGGGGCCUGUGAGAACCGCGGUUACUUGUAUAUCGCCAUUGAAUAUGCCCCCUAUGGAAACCUGCUAGAUUUUCUACGGAAGAGCCGGGUCCUAGAGACUGAUCCAGCUUUUGCCCGAGAGCAUGGGACAGCCUCCACUCUCAGUUCCCGGCAGCUGUUGCGUUUCGCCAGUGACGCUGCCAACGGCAUGCAAUAUUUGAGCGAGAAGCAGUUCAUCCACAGGGACCUGGCUGCCCGAAACGUGCUGGUUGGAGAGAACCUGGCCUCCAAGAUUGCAGAUUUCGGCCUGUCUCGGGGUGAGGAGGUUUAUGUGAAGAAAACAAUGGGACGUCUCCCGGUGCGCUGGAUGGCCAUUGAAUCUCUGAACUACAGUGUCUACACCACCAAGAGUGAUGUCUGGUCCUUUGGUGUCCUCCUCUGGGAGAUUGUGAGCCUGGGGGGCACGCCCUACUGCGGCAUGACCUGUGCUGAGCUCUACGAGAAGCUGCCUCAGGGCUACCGCAUGGAACAGCCUCGGAACUGUGACGAUGAAGUGUACGAGCUGAUGCGUCAGUGCUGGCGGGACCGGCCAUAUGAGCGACCCCCCUUUGCCCAAAUUGCGCUGCAGCUGGGUCGCAUGCUGGAAGCCCGAAAGGCCUAUGUGAACAUGUCGCUGUUUGAGAACUUCACUUACGCGGGCAUUGAUGCCACCGCCGAGGAAGCCUGAGCUGCCAUUCCACCAGAUCCUGGCUCUGCUGGCCGGAGCAACCUCUCCUCGCCCACCUGCCACUACCGAACCUGGCAGCUCCUCGACUGAGCUGCCUCAAGGAAUUUUGCUUUUUCAAAGAAGAAUGGGAGAAUCCUCUGGUGGGAGCAAGUUGGGGCCCUGUCCUUCGCAAUUGCUCCCACUGCCCCCUGCAGCUGCUCCGACAGCUACGGCUCACAACCUUCUUUCUAGUGUAGCCGUUCCGCACGUGCACUCCUCUCCUGCUGCUGCCAUACCCAGUCCCUAGUUCCACUCCUCUACUCCACAGCACCCCACUAGCAUGCGCACUCCUCGCUUUGUCUUCUGAAAAAAAAUAAAUGCUUUGACAAGGUCCA